UGUUUCCCGUUUUGCUGUGUAAUGACCAGGAGCUGAGACGGGUUCUGCUUCCUGUCAUUGCACCGCAUCAUUCUCAUUUACAUUAUUGGCAGCUGUUACUUUGUUAGAAGUUUAAAUUAUCUCAAGAACUGUAAACUGAGUUCAGAUGUUUGUUUAUUGGCGCUGCCUUCGGCUUUUGAAAACAGCCUUUUGUGCUCUCCCAGUCUUAAGAAAAGGCUAUUCUCCGAAUUAGCCCUUCCUCCCUCCUUGCUCUUUCCUGGGAACCUGCUUCAAUUUCAUGAAGAAAAUUAAAUAAAGAGGACAAGGGAAUCAAGACUGGUCAGAAAGGAGACUCCAGCGGUGAAGUGACUUCAAGCGGAAGGGAAUUGGGGCUCAACAUCCUGCAUUUGUGCUUUGUUUUUGAAACUUCAAGUUACUUGCAUUAAUGAAUUAACCAGCAGUCUAGUAAUGGAAAUGUUUCUCCUGUCCUGGUGGGGGAGCCAAAUACUAUAGAUUUGUAACAGGAAGGCUGUUGAUUCUGGCUUCAUUGUUGGGCCAGUCAUUUGUGAGCUGGUGGCCGGACCACAGGCCACACACUUCUUCCGUAAAAAUCUUCAUGUAUUGGAACUACUUGGGUAUUGUUUUUACCACCGAAGACUUCGCCAAGAAAAGAUGAGUUCCGGGAACGCAUCCUAUCGCUGCUCUAUGUCUUCCUCUGCGGAUUUUUCCGAUGAGGAUGAUUUCAGCCAGAAAUCUGGCUCGGCAUCUCCAGCUCCGGGAGACACCUUACCGUGGAAUUUACCUAGACAUGAGAGAUCGAAAAGAAAGAUUCAAGGGGGCUCCGUGCUGGACCCAGCCGAGAGGGCAGUACUUAGGAUAGCAGAUGAACGGGACAAAGUUCAAAAGAAAACGUUUACCAAAUGGAUAAAUCAACAUCUCAUGAAGGUUCGAAAACAUGUGAAUGACCUCUAUGAAGACUUAAGGGAUGGACACAAUUUGAUCUCUCUUUUAGAAGUUCUUUCAGGAGAUACCUUGCCCAGAGAGAAAGGUCGGAUGCGUUUUCACAGACUACAGAAUGUACAAAUUGCACUUGACUAUUUGAAAAGACACCAGGUGAAAUUAGUGAAUAUUAGAAAUGAUGACAUAACAGAUGGAAAUCCCAAGUUGACAUUGGGACUAAUAUGGACAAUAAUCUUGCACUUUCAGAUAUCUGAUAUCCAUGUUACGGGAGAGUCAGAGGAUAUGUCUGCAAAAGAGAGACUGCUGCUAUGGACACAGCAGGCAACAGAGGGUUAUGCUGGAAUACGGUGUGAAAAUUUCACUACCUGCUGGAGAGAUGGAAAACUAUUUAAUGCCAUCAUUCACAAAUACAGGCCGGACCUGAUAGACAUGAAUACUGUUGCUGUUCAAAGCAACAUUGCAAAUUUAGAGCACGCUUUUUAUGUAGCAGAAAAAAUUGGUGUUAUAAGGCUUCUGGAUCCUGAAGAUGUUGAUGUCUCCUCACCUGAUGAAAAAUCGGUAAUAACUUAUGUGUCAUCUCUCUAUGAUGCAUUUCCUAAAGUCCCUGAAGGUGGUGAAGGCAUCAGUGCAAACGAUGUUGAAGUUAAAUGGAUUGAAUACCAGAAUAUGGUGAACUACCUCAUCCAGUGGAUUAGACACCAUGUGGCCACAAUGUCUGACAGAACAUUUCCUAAUAAUCCUGUGGAACUAAAGGCACUUUAUAAUCAGUAUUUACAGUUUAAAGAAACAGAAAUUCCACCAAAGGAGACAGAAAAAUCAAAAAUUAAACGCCUGUAUAAACUCUUAGAGAUUUGGAUAGAAUUUGGACGCAUCAAACUCCUUCAAGGUUAUCAUCCAAAUGACAUAGAAAAAGAGUGGGGGAAACUCAUUAUUGCCAUGCUUGAGAGGGAGAAAGCACUUCGCCCGGAAGUAGAAAGGUUGGAAAUGUUGCAGCAGAUUGCCAGCCGAGUUCAGAGGGACAGUGUCGCCUGUGAAGACAAACUGAUACUUGCCCGAAAUGCUCUCCAGUCUGAUUCUAAAAGAUUAGAAUCGGGGCUACAGUUUCAGAAUGAAGCAGAAAUUGCCGGAUAUAUACUUGAAUGCGAGAACCUUUUACGCCAGCAUGUAAUUGAUGUACAGAUUCUUAUUGAUGGAAAAUAUUACCAGUCAGAUCAGUUAGUACAGAGGGUGGCAAAACUCCGUGAUGAAAUUAUGGCCUUAAGGAAUGAAUGUUCUUCAGUGUAUAGUAAAGGACGCCUGCUGACGACAGAACAGACGAAGCUUAUGAUAUCAGGAAUCACUCAAAGUUUAAACUCAGGAUUUGCACAGACCUUAACCCCCAGUCUGACCUCAGGGCUGACCCAGAGUUUAACGCCUUCCCUGACGUCUUCUAGUGUGACUUCAGGCCUGUCCUCAGGCCUGACUUCCCGUCUGACUCCAGCCAUCACUCCGGCUUAUACACCUGGUUUCCCAUCAGGGUUAGCUCCAAAUUUGAGCUCAGGAGUAGAGACAAAUUCAUUGCAAACUCUCAAGUUGAUGCAGAUCCGAAAACCCCUUCUAAAGUCUUCUUUGCUGGAUCAGAAUUUAACAGAAGAGGAAGUCAACAUGAAAUUUGUUCAGGACCUUUUGAAUUGGGUGGAUGAGAUGCAGGUGCAGCUGGACCGUACUGAAUGGGGAUCAGAUUUGCCAAGUGUUGAAAGCCAUUUAGAAAACCAUAAAAAUGUUCACCGAGCUAUUGAAGAAUUUGAAUCUAGCCUUAAAGAAGCUAAACUCAGUGAGAUCCAAAUGACAGCACCUCUUAAACUAACUUAUGCAGAGAAGUUGCACAAAUUAGAGAGUCAGUAUGCAAAACUCCUGAAUACAUCCAGAAAUCAAGAACGACACCUUGAUACCCUCCAUAAUUUUGUAACUCGGGCAACUAAUGAACUUAUUUGGUUGAAUGAAAAAGAAGAGGAGGAAGUUGCUUAUGACUGGAGUGAAAGAAAUACUAACAUACCUCGGAAAAAAGAUUACCAUGCUGAAUUAAUGAGAGAACUUGAUCAAAAGGAAGAAAACAUUAAGUCAGUUCAGGACAUAGCAGAGCAGCUACUUCUGGAAAAUCACCCAGCCCGGUUAACUAUUGAGGCCUACAGAGCGGCAAUGCAGACGCAGUGGAGCUGGAUCUUACAGCUAUGCCAGUGUGUGGAGCAGCACAUAAAAGAGAACACGGCGUAUUUCGAGUUUUUCAGUGAUGCCAAAGAAGCUACUGAUUACUUACGAAAUCUAAAAGAUGCCAUUCAGCGAAAGUACAGUUGUGAUAGAUCAAGCAGCAUUCACAAGCUCGAAGACCUUGUUCAGGAAUCCAUGGAAGAGAAAGAAGAACUUUUGCAGUAUAAAAGCACAGUAGCAAGCCUGAUGGGAAGAGCAAAAACAAUAAUUCAACUGAAGCCAAGGAAUCCUGACUGUCCUCUCAAAACUUCUAUUCCAAUCAAAGCUAUCUGUGACUACAGACAAAUUGAGAUAACUAUUUUCAAAGACGACGAAUGUGUUUUGGCAAAUAACUCUCAUCGCGCUAAAUGGAAGGUCAUUAGUCCUACUGGGAAUGAGGCUAUGGUCCCAUCUGUGUGCUUCACAGUUCCUCCACCGAACAAAGAAGCAGUUGACUUUGCAAACAGAAUUGAGCAACAGUAUCAAAAUGUCCUGACUCUCUGGCAUGAGUCCCACAUAAACAUGAAGAGUGUAGUGUCCUGGCAUUAUCUCAUCAAUGAAAUUGAUAGAAUUCGAGCUAGCAAUGUGGCUUCAAUAAAGACAAUGUUACCUGGUGAACAUCAGCAAGUUCUGAGUAAUCUCCAGUCUCGUUUUGAAGAUUUCCUGGAAGAUAGCCAGGAAUCCCAAGUAUUUUCAGGCUCAGAUAUAACACAACUGGAAAAGGAAGUUAAUGUAUGCAAGCAGUAUUAUCAAGAACUUCUUAAAUCUGCCGAAAGAGAGGAGCAAGAGGAAUCAGUUUAUAAUCUCUACAUCUCUGAAGUUCGGAACAUUAGACUCAGAUUAGAGAGCUGCGAAGAUCGACUGAUUGGACAGAUCCGAACUCCGCUGGAAAGAGAUGAUUUGCACGAAAGCGUGUUCAGGAUUACAGAGCAGGAGAAACUAAAGAAGGAGUUGGAGCGACUUAAAGAUGAUCUGGGAACAAUCACAAACAAAUGUGAGGAAUUUUUCACUCAAGCGGCAACCUCUCCGUCAGUUCCCACCUUACGAUCUGAGCUCAGUGUGGUCAUUCAGAACAUGAACCAAGUCUACUCCAUGUCUUCCACCUACAUAGAUAAGUUGAAAACUGUUAAUUUGGUGUUAAAAAACACUCAAGCUGCCGAAGCCCUUGUAAAAUUCUAUGAAACUAAGCUGUGUGAAGAAGAAGCAGUUAUAGCUGACAAGAAUAAUAUUGAGAAUCUAAUAAGUACUUUAAAGCAAUGGAGAUCUGAAGUAGAUGAAAAGAGAGAGGUAUUCCAUGCAUUAGAGGAUGAGUUGCAGAAAGCUAAAACCAUCAGUGAUGAAAUGUUUAAGACAUACAAAGAACGAGACCUUGAUUUUGACUGGCACAAAGAAAAAGCAGAUCAAUUAGUGGAAAGAUGGCAAAACGUUCAUGUUCAGAUUGACAACAGGUUACGAGACUUAGAAGGCAUUGGCAAAUCUCUGAAGUACUACAGAGAUACCUAUCACCCUUUAGAUGACUGGAUCCAGCAUGUUGAAACUACUCAGAGAAAGAUUCAGGAAAAUCAGCCUGAGAACAGUAAAGCCCUGGCCACACAGCUCAAUCAACAGAAGAUGCUGGUGUCUGAAAUAGAAAUGAAACAGAGCAAAAUGGAUGAGUGUCAAAAAUACGCAGAACAGUACUCAUCUACAGUGAAGGACUAUGAAUUACAAACAAUGACCUACCGAGCCAUGGUAGAUUCACAACAAAAGUCUCCAGUGAAGCGCCGAAGAAUGCAGAGCUCAGCAGAUCUCAUUAUUCAAGAGUUCAUGGACCUAAGGACCCGGUACACUGCUCUGGUUACCCUCAUGACACAAUAUAUUAAAUUUGCUGGUGAUUCAUUGAAGAGGCUGGAAGAGGAGGAGAAGUCACUGGAAGAAGAAAAGAAAGAGCAUGUUGAAAAAGCCAAAGAAUUGCAGAAAUGGGUAUCAAAUAUCAGCAAGACUUUGAGAGAUGGAGAGAAGGCUGGAAAAUCUCUCUUCUCUAAGCAAAAGCUUUCCAGUGAGGAAAUAACAACCAAGAAGGAACAAUUGUCAGAAGCACUUCAAACCAUGCAGCUGUUUUUGGCUAAACAUGGUGACAGAAUGACAGAUGAAGAAAGAAAUGAACUGGAAAAACAAGUGAAAGCUCUUCAAGAAGAUUAUAAUUUAUUAUCCAGUGAAUCUCUGAAACAACUGCAAGAAGCAAAAACCCCAGAGGAUAUAAAGGUAGAAGAGAAGCUGGAUAAAGUGAUUGCAGGUACCAUUGAUCAGACAACGGGAGAAGUCCUUUCAGUCUUUCAGGCAGUUUUAAGAGGCCUCAUUGACUAUGAAACUGGAAUCAGGUUGCUUGAGACACAGCUACUGAUUUCUGGUCUAAUUUCACCAGAAUUAAGAAAGUGUUUUGAUCUCAAAGAUGCUGAAAGUCAUGGCCUUAUUGAUGGACAAAUUCUGUGCCAACUGCAAGAAGUAAAUAAAGCUAAGGAAAUUAUUUCUGCCAUGUCAUCUACCACAGUUCCACUGCUGGAUGCUCUGGCUCAAGGUGUGAUAUCAGAAUCUAUGGCCAUCAGAGUUCUAGAGAUACUACUUUCCACAGGCUUUCUGGUUAUUCCAGCCACAGGAGAACAGCUGACCCUACAGAAAGCUUUCCAACAGAACUUGAUUUCCUCAGCAUUGUUUUCUAAAGUCCUAGAAAGGCAGAAUAUGUGCAAAGAUCUAAUUGACCCCUGUACUUCUGAGAAGGUGUCUUUAAUAGAUAUGGUACAAAGAAGUGUUCUACAGGAAAAUACUGGGAUGCGGCUUCUACCUGUGCGACCACAAGAAGGUGGCAAAAUAACAUUAAAAUGUGGAAGAAACAUAAGCAUUUUAAGGGCAUCUCAUGAAGGUCUCAUAGACCGUGAAACCAUGUUUAGGUUAUUAGGUGCACAGCUUCUUUCUGGAGGUCUCAUUGAUUGUAGCUCUGGUCAAAGAAUGACCAUUGAAGAAGCUACGGUAGAAGGAGUGAUUGACAGAGACACAGCCAACAGUAUUCUUACAUACCAGGUUCAAACAGGUGGAAUCAUUCACUCAAACCCUGCCAAACGUUUAACUGUAGAUGAAGCAGUCCAGUGUGAUUUAAUAACUUCCAGCAGUGCUCUUUUGAUACUAGAGGCUCAACGAGCCUACGUUGGACUCAUCUGGCCCCACUCUGGUGAAAUAUUUCCCACAUCUUCCUCCUUGCAGCAAGAAUUGAUUACAAAUGAAUUGGCAUACAAAAUCCUGAAUGGCAGGCAGAAAAUAGCUGCUCUUUAUAUUCCAGAAACUUCUCAAGUCAUUGAUUUGGAUGUUGCUAAAGACCUAGGAAUUAUAGAUAAUAACACAGCAUCGAUUUUAAAAAGUAUAAUACUGCCUGAUAAAAUGCCAGAUUUGCAAGAUUUAGAAGCUUCUUGUAAAAAUGCUAAGAGAUGGCUCUCCUUUUGUAAAUUCCAACCAUCUACAGCCCAUGAUUACAGCCAGGAAGAGGAUGUUUUUGACGGAGAAGAGCCAGUGGCAACUCAGAGCUCAGAACAAACUAAAAAAUUAUUCCUGUCUUAUUUGAUGAUAAAUAGCUAUAUGGAUGCAAACACAGGGCAAAGGCUUUUGCUGUAUGAUGGAGACUUGGAUGAAGCUAUUAGUAUGUUAUUGGAAGGCUGUAGUGCAGAAUUUGAUGAGGACACACCCACAAAAGAAGAUUUAAGACCCUCUAGUGCCUUACUUGAUAAUACUUCAAGUAAAGAAAAUGAUGAAAGUACAGCUUCACCAAGUAGUUUUGAUGAAUGUUAUUGCAGUGAAUCUGAACUUGAAGAAACUACUCAAAACAAAAAACAUGUCAUUGAUGAAGAGCUUCAUGAACUGGGAAAUAAUGUUACCAAUAGUGAGUUUUAUCAGUCAGAAAGCCUGGAAAAUGUAGUAGCAAUUGAUCAUAAAAUUAACAGCUCAUCCAGUAUGUGUGUUCCGAAUGCCAUAUCAUAUUUAACACAGCCGGAAUGUGAAGUUACCAUGCUUAGACAUGACUCUGGAAACAUACUUAAAAACUGUGAAAAUCAAAGUCAAAUUGAAAUGAAUGAACAUGCAGAUGAAUGUAGUUAUUCUGAAAACACUCAGAAUUUUGCAAGCGAUUUGAUAACAAAUUCUAGUGUGAAAUCAAACACUAGCAGAUUCUGUGAUCUGAAUGAAACAAAGGAUGAAGAUUGUAUAAACAAAGAGUCAUUCCUCUUUGACUAUUCACCUAGACUAAGUGCUCUCUUAAGUCAUGAUAAAUUGAGAAAUGAUCAGGAAAGUUUUAAUGAUGUUUGUAUCCCAAAGAGCAAUGGAAAUAAAUGUGGAGCCUCUGAAUUGCCAUACAGUGACCAAACCAUGUUACUAGGUCAAAAAGUGGGAGAAAAAUUUCAAGAUCAGUUUCUGGGAAUUGCAGCUAUUAAUAUUAGUUUACAAGGAGAACACCCUGGACAAGAAUCUGUAAAUAAUGACGGUAGUAAUCCUCAGGUACAACAACUGAGUGAUAAACACAUUUCAGAUACUUAUGGUGAGGAUGAAAAAAUGCAUGUUGCUUUUCAGCAGAAACCUGAAGACAAACAAAAUGAGUCCAAAAUGAAAGAAUACUCUUGUGCCAUGACUCCAAGGGGUGAUGCUGAUAAGGCCAGUGCAUCUCAUACUGGUGAUACACCACUGUUUGAAGAAACUGCCAGUGCUGGUGACUAUGAAACAUCACUCCUGGAUGAUCAGGGGAGUGACACAGAAACAGACACUGAUGGCGAUGAGGAUUUUUAUGAUACUCCCUUGUUUCAAGAUGAUGACCAUGAUUCUCUGCUUCUAGAAGGUGACGAUUGUGAUUGUCUGAAACCUGAAGACUGUGACACACUGCAAGAGGAAAAUGAUGGGGCUGCCCCUCUUGGAGAUGUUUUUUAUGAUGUCUCAAAGGAGAAUGAAAAUCCCAUGUUUAUACGACAAGGAGUAGUUGGUAGCUUACGUGUGAGGGAAGAAGCACAGCCUCUUCAGGAUUUUUCCAUAGGUAUUGAGAAAGCUGAAUUGGAUUCUGGGGAGAGAAUAUAUUUAAAUUCAGUUGGCUCAGACAAAGUAAAUGGACAGUUGCUGGAACCCGUAUCAAAAAGCACAAAUAGCCUUCAAGGUGAUGAGUCUGACUCAUUGAUUGGUUAUGAAAGUGUAGAACGAAAAGAAGGCUUCAGUGCUUCAUUAAAAUUUGAUGACACUAGCAGCUGGAGAGGAAGAAAAGAAGAAGGUGACAGUGGAAAAGAAUAUAAAUCUGAUAUUGAUCAUUUAGAUUCUAUGCAAAGUGAAGAAAGUUGUGGGGAUCACAUAUGUGACAGUAAUGAUCAGGAUGACAACUAUGAGAAUGACGAUGAUGACAGUGAUGGUGAUGAUGGUGAUGUAAAAGAAGGAGGAAUUAGAUAUGAGUACAGAAAUCCUCUAUGCCAAGGUGAAAGCAUGGAUAUCCAGUUGUGUGCCACAACGAAUGAAAAGGAAAACAGUGAUGAAAAUCAAAGUAUUAAUAAAAUCAUCUGCCUGGAUAAAAUGAACAAUUACAGUUCUUUAGAAAAACAGCCAAGUGGAAAUGUUUUACAGGUAGAUUCAACUAGUAAAAGUAGCUUAGUUACUGAAAGAGGCACCCAUCCAGAAUAUGCACCUGAGGUUGUUAGAAACAGCAAAGAAAAUUUGUUAAAUCAUGAGAUGACACGUAAGGAUAUAUUGCUGCCUAUCAUUAAAGGUACUGAGUCAGGGAAAACCUUUAGCCCUGUGGACACAUUACAUAAUACUAAUAUCACUUCAGCUUCUGAUUUAGAUAAUGAUUCAAUGAACACAAAGUUUGAGUUCAUUCAAGGACCAGAAUCUAUAGACCCUGUGAAAGGUGGAGAUCAAUAUUUUGAUAAUGUGACACCUAAAGUUGACCCAUCUUUUGAUAAAAUUACUUAUUCUGAGCUUGAUUUAAUAGGAAAACCUGCUGAGGAAAGCCAUUUGUCAUCUGUAGCACCUAUAAAUGACAAAGAUCAUCAAAGAAAUGGAAGAGACGAAAAUGAAACACCAGUUCAGAAAAUGUGCUCAGCUAAAGGAGAAGAGCUUAUGGAAAGUGUAGUAGAAGAAGAUAAUAAAUCUCUCAAACUUUCAUCUAAUACAGGUUCAACAGAGAGCCUUGAUUUAGCUAAUAGUCAGUCUCCAUCCCCACAAAUCACAAGCGAUGAAGAACAUAAGAAAGGAGACCUUAAAAAAGUGACUGUAACUCUUGAAGAUGAACCAAAGAAUCUGCAAACACUGGUCAGUAAAAGUCCUGUUCAGUCUGAGAAUCUUGAAGACAUAUUUGACACAUCAGUUUCCAAAGUGGUCAGUGACUCUACUGUUCUGUCUGAAGGGAAUACAAGUAUUAAGAAUGAUUCAUUCACUGAUGAACACGAUAAAGAACCUGACCUAUUUACUUAUUUAAAACAUUGUGCUAAAAGUAUAAAAACAAAAGAUACACUGAAACCAAAUGCAGACAUUUGUCAUUGUCCUGGUAAAAAAACAGACACAGAAGAUGGGCAAGAUGUCACUCAACAAACUGGAUUGAAUUCAGAUAUCCCUAGGUGUGUUUUAGUAGCUGCUUCUCCCAUGAAAGGACACUUACAGUUAGGAACUAAUAAUGCAAAAGAAAAGACAACUCUUACCCAAGAAGACUCUCCCAUGAAUGAGAUGGUCCAAAGUAAUGACCUUCGAACUAAAGAAGCUGCCUCAGAAGGAGAAACAGAAAUCCCUCGGUUCACGCCAGAAAGUAAUGAAACUACACAUUCAAUCUUACCUCUUAGAAAUGUGGAAGACCCGGGGGGAGAUACGGAUUUUGUGCAGGCAGAACUCUGUACAAAUGGAGUGAAAAAUAACUCCAGUAACACAUUAGACACUGACUACUCAUUCUUAGAAAUUAAAAGUACGAAAGAAAUAAUUGAGCAACAGCCAAUGAAAGAACAAGACUUGUCUCCAGGACCCCAAGCAAAGGAGGUUCAGGUACCUGAAUUACCUCAAGUAUUGGUUGAGGAUAUAAAGGAAGUCUUAAAAAGCAGAUUGAAAGAUGGUCAUAUAAAUCCUCCAGAGGUUGGAGAACCUUCAGCCUAUGUAGAUACUAAAGUUUUAAUUCAAAACUUACUUAAAAAGGUUAGCACAUCACAGUUGGUAAAUGAAGCAUCUAAUAUGUCCAGUGACUCUAAAAUCAGUGAUUAUUCUGGAGUUUCCCCCAGGAAUAAUGUACCAGAACUAAAAGCGGAAGGUAGAGAUGAUCCUCUCUGUAUUGCACAUCUAAAGUCUGAACUUCUCUUUGAUAUACUAAAGCAAAAUCAAUAUAGUCAAGAAAUUACAGGAGCAUUUGAAUUGAUGAAAGAAUUAACUCAGAUGGAGUACGAUCUAGAGAAAGGAGAUAUUACAUCCAAAGUACUUCCACUGCAGCUUGAAAAUAUUUUCUGCAAACUGCUUGCUGAUGGAUAUUCACAGAAAUUAGAAGAGUUUGGAGAUGUAAAUAAAAAAUCAUCUACUACUUCUGAGACAGUAGAUGAAAAGCCACCAAUACUUGGUGAUCUUAAAAGCAAAGAAGGAAACCACUGUUCUCUUAAAUUAGAAAAUAUAAAAGAAAUUGGACUAGAAAACUCUACAGCAUGUGCAUCAGCAUUGCCAAGAGAAGAGAAGCUUGAGGAGCGACGCAAUGAUUCCCCAGACAAUUUGGAAUGUAUUUCAGGGCCAAAAGAGAGGACUUUUGGAGACAACUCAGUGGAACAAUUUUCCAAUGAGUUACAGCAGUGCUUACGGCACACUGAAAAAAUGCAUGAGUAUUUGGCUUUGCUUCAAGAUAUGGAGCCUCCCUUAUUCAACCAGGAGUCUCUGGAUAACAAUCUAGAAGCUUUGAAAAACCAAAUAAAACAGUUAGAGACAUUUGAAUUGGGAUUGGCUCCAAUUGCUGUUAUUUUAAGAAAAGAUAUGAAGUUGGCAGAAGAGUUCCUGAAGUCUCUUCCUGGUGGCUUUCCCAGAGGACAUCUUGAGGAACUGAGUGUCAGCCACAGAAGUUUGCAGACUGCCUUCUCUUCUCUCAGUGAUGUGUCUUCAGAAAGGAUGAAACAGAUCAUGCUUGCAAUUGACUCUGAAAUGUCUAAACUAGCAGUUUCCCAUGAAGAAUUUCUGCAUACACUUAAGUCGUUUUCAGACUGGAUAUCAGAGAAGAGCAAAUCUGUGAAGGAUAUUGAGAUAAUGAAUGUUGGAGAUACAGAAAAUGUAAAGAAAAGUUUGGAGUUUCUCAAGAAUGUGUUAAGAGACCUUGGACAUACCAAAAUGCAGUUGGAGACUACUGCCUUUGAAGUGCAGUUCUUCAUUUCCGAAUAUGCACAAGAUCUGUCUCCCAACCAAAGCAGACAACUGUUGAGGCUCUUAAAUACAACUCAGAAGUGUUUUCUUGAUGUACAGGAAUCAGUAACUACCAAGGUGGAACGUUUAGAGACUCAGUUACAGCUUGAACAAGAUCUUGAUGAUCAGAAGAUUGUGGCAGAGCAUCAGCAGGAGUUCAGAGACAAACUCCAGGGCAUAUGCGACCUCCUCACCCAGACUGAAAACCGCCUGAUUGGCCAGCAGGAAUCCUUCGUGAUUGGAGAUGGCACGGUUGAAUUAAAGAAGUACCAGUCUAAGCAAGAGGAAUUACAGAAAGAUAUUCAAGGAAGUGCACAGGCAUUGGCAGAAAUAGUGAAAAACACAGAGAACUUCUUGAAGGAGAGCGGGGAUAAGCUGUCACAAGAUGAUAAGGCUUUGAUUGAGCAGAAACUUAAUGAAGCUAAAAUCAAGUGUGAACAACUUAACGUUAAGGCAGAACAGUCGAAAAAGGAGCUAGAUAAAGUUGUGAAGACAGCAAUCAAGGAGGAAACAGAAAAGGUUGCAGCUGUGAAGCAGCUGGAAGAGAGCAAAACCAAAAUAGAAAACCUUUUGGACUGGUUGUCAAAUGUUGACAAAGAGUCAGAAAGGGCAGGCACAAAACACAAAGAAGUAAUUGAACAGAAUGGGACCCAUUUUCAAGAAAGUGAUGGCAAGUCAGUGAUUGGAGAUGAGGAUGAAGUUAAUGGUAACCUGUUGGAAACUGAUGUUGAUGGGCAAGUUGGAACCACUGAGGAGAACCUGAACCAGCAAUACCAGAAAGUCAAGGCGCAACAUGAGAAGAUCAUCUCUCAGCACCAAGCAGUCAUCAUAGCCACUCAGUCUGCACAAGCCUUGCUUGAGAAACAGGGUCACUAUCUCUCUCCUGAAGAAAAAGAGAAACUACAAAAAAACAUGAAAGAACUGAAAGCACAUUACGAAACUGUACUGGCUGAGUCGGAGAAGAAAAUGAAGCUAACACGUACUCUGCAGGAAGAAUUAGAAAAGUUCGAUGCGGAUUAUAGUGAGUUUGAACACUGGCUGCAGCAGUCAGAACAAGAACUUGAAAACCUAGAGGCAGGGGCAGAUGACUUCAGCGGCUUAAUGACCAAAUUGAAGAGGCAGAAAAGUUUCUCAGAAGACGUUAUUUCUCACAAAGGUGACUUGAGGUACAUCACUAUUUCUGGAAACAGAGUGUUAGAAGCUGCCAAAUCUUGCAGUAAGAGAGAUGAUGGCAGCAAGGUUGACAAGGAGAGUAUUGAUACUUCUGCAACCCACAAAGAGGUACAGAGCAAACUGGAUCAUGCUACCGAUCGCUUCAGAUCUCUCUACUCCAAGUGCAACAUCCUGGGGAAUAAUCUUAAAGACCUGGUGGAUAAAUAUCAACACUAUGAAGAUACUUCGUGUGGACUUCUUUCCGGGCUCCAGGCCUGUGAGGCCACAGCGAGCAAACACUUAUCUGAACCCAUUGCUGUGGACCCCAAAAAUCUGCAGAGACAGUUAGAAGAGACCAAGGCACUGCAAGGACAGAUAUCAAGUCAGCAGGUUGCUGUCGAGAAACUGAAAAAAACUGCUGAAGUACUUUUAGAUGCGAGGGGAUCUUUAUUGCCAGCCAAGAAUGAUAUUCAGAAAACACUGGAUGACAUUGUUGGGAGAUACGAUGACCUGUCCAAGUCUAUUAAUGAACGAAAUGAAAAACUGCAGAUAACCCUGACCCGCUCGCUGAGUGUGCAGGACGGCUUGGAUGAAAUGCUGAACUGGAUGGGAAGUGUGGAAAGUUCUCUGAAAGAACAAGGUCAAGUGCCCUUAAACUCUGCUGCUCUUCAGGAUAUCAUCAGUAAAAAUAUUAUGUUGGAACAGGAUAUUGCAGGUCGCCAGAGCAGUAUAAAUGCUAUGGAUGAAAAAGUAAAGAAAUUUAUGGAAACGACGGACCCAUCCACUGCGUCCUCACUGCAAGCCAAAAUGAAGGACUUAACUGUUCGGUUUUCAGAAGCAAGUCAUAAACAUAAAGAAAAGCUUGUCAAAAUGGAGGAGCUAAAAACCAAAGUAGAACUGUUUGAGAACCUCUCAGAGAAGCUCCAAAUGUUUUUAGACACAAAAUCCCAGGGUCUUACUGAGGCAGACGUGCCAGGAAAAGAUGUUACUGAACUGUCUCAGUAUAUGCAGGAAUCAACUUCUGAAGUCUUAGAACACAGAAAAGAUCUUGAAGUUUUGCAGAGUCUUCUGAAAGAGAUAUCAAGUCAUGGCUUACCAGGGGAUAAAGCUCUGGUUUUUGAAAAAACAAAUAAUUUGUCAAAGAAGUUCAAGGAAAUGGAGGAUACCAUCAAAGAAAAAAAAGAAGCUGUGUCUUCUUGUCAAGAACAGAUGGAAACUUUCCAAGUCCUUGUCAAAUCAUUAAAGUCAUGGAUAAAAGAAACAACAGAAGAAGUUUCCAUUCUGCAGCCUUCUUUUGGUGCAGAUGACUUAAGAAAAUCUUUGGAAGAAACUAAGAAAUUACAAGAAAAGUGGAAUUUAAAAACACCAGAGAUUCGGAAAGUAAGCAACAGUGGGAACUCACUAUGUAACUUAAUAAGUGCUGUGACUACUCCUGCGAAAGCAAUAGCAGCGGUUAAAUCAGGUAGUGCAAUAUUAAAUGGUGAAGGAACAGCCACAGAUACUCAGGAAUUUCUGGCAAAUAAAGAAUUAACAUCUGUUAAAAAAGAUAUGACUGACAUAAGUCAUGGUUACGAAGAUCUUGGCCUCUUACUCAAGGACAAAAUAGCUGAGCUGAAUACUAAGCUUUCCAAAUUGCAAAAGGCUCAGGAAGAAUCAAGUGCAAUGAUGCAGUGGCUGCAGAAAAUGAACAAAACAGCAAAAAAAUGGCACCAGACACCUACGCCUACAGAUAGCGAAGCUGUGAAGACUCAAGUGGAACAAAAUAAGUCAUUUGAGGCAGAGCUGAAGCAAAAUGUAAAUAAAGUGCAGGAGUUGAAAGACAAAUUGACAGAGCUGUUGGAGGAGAACCCAGAUGCUCCUGAGGCCCCCAAAUGGAAACAGAUGUUGGCAGAAAUAGAUUCUAAAUGGCAAGAACUCAAUCAAUUAACAGUUGAUAGACAACAAAAACUGGAAGAGUCUUCGAAUAAGCUAAUCCAAUUCCAGACAGUAGAGGCCCAGUUAAAACAGUGGCUAGUGGAAAAAGAACUGAUGGUUAGUGUUCUUGGGCCCUUAUCAAUUGACCCAAAUAUGCUAAACACACAACGGCAGCAGGUGCAGAUCCUGUUGCAAGAAUUUGAUACUCGGAAACCUCAAUAUGAACAGCUUACAGCAGUUGGUCAGGGCAUUCUUAGCAGACCUGGUGAACACGCUUCUUUGCAUGGGAUUGUGAAAGAGCAACUGGCAACUGUGACCCACAAAUGGGAUAGCCUAACAGGACAAUUGAGUGACAGAUGUGACUGGAUUGACCAAGCCAUUGUUAAAAGCACACAGUACCAAAGCCUGCUGAGAAGCCUUUCCAAUAAACUGAGUGACUUGGACAGUAAACUCAGCACCAAUCUGGCUGUGAGCACACACCCUGAUGCUAUGAGCCAGCAGUUGGAAACAGCCCAAAAAAUGAAGCAGGAAAUAGAGCAAGAGGGGAAGCAGAUAAAGGAGGCCCAGGCACUCUGUGAGGAUUUAUCAGCUCUGAUUAAAGAAGAGUACUUGAAAGCAGAACUUAGUAGGCAACUAGAAGGCAUCUUAAAAUCAUUUAAGGAUAUUGAACAAAAAGCAGAGAAUCAUGUCCAGCACCUUCAGUCAGCCUAUGCAAGCUCUCAUCAAUUUCAGCAGAUGUCUAAAGAUUUUCACGCUUGGCUGGAUACAAAGAAAGAAGAGCAGAAUAAGUCUCACCCAAUAUCUGCCAAACUCGACGUCCUAGAGUUAUUAAUUAAGGAACAGAAAGACUUUAGUAAAACUUUAACUUUGCAGUCUAAUAUUUAUGAAAAAACCAUCACAGAAGGUGAAAAUCUGUUAUUAAAAACUCAAGGAUCUGAGAAGGCAGCCUUACAGUUACAGCUUAACACUAUUAAAGCUGAUUGGGAUGGCUUUAACAAGCAGGUGAAAGAAAGAGAAGAGAAAUUAAAGGAUUCAUUGGAAAAAGCCCUCAAGUAUAAAGAGCAUGUAGAGACUCUCCGGCCAUGGGUAGAAAAAUGCCAAAACAACCUGGAGGAAAUAAAGUUUUCCUUGGAUCCUGCUCAAACAGAGGAUUCUAUUGGCAAAUUAAAAUCUCUACAGAAAGAAAUGGACCAACACUUUGGGAUGGUAGAAUUACUAAACAAUGCAGCCAAUAGCUUGCUCAAUGUCUGUGAGAUAGAUAAAGAGGCUGUUACAGAUGAGAAUAAAUUGCUGAUCCAGAAAGUAGACACGGUCACUGAACAACUUCACAGUAAGAAAUUGUCUCUGGAGAACAUGGCCCAGAAGUUUAAAGAAUUUCAAGAAGUUUCCAGAGAAGCUAAAAGGCAGCUUCGGUGUGCAAAGGAACAGCUAGAUGUCCAUGAUUCUCUAGGACCUCAGGCUUACAGUAACAAAUACCUAACGAUGUUGCAGACUCAGCAGAAAUCACUUCACACCUUGAAGCAGCAGGUAGAUUUGGCCAAAAGACUUGCACAGGACCUUGUGGUAGAAGCCUCAGACUCAGAGGGUACUUCUGAUGUCUUAUUACAAGCGGAAUCUUUAGCUCAAGAACAUAAUGCACUAAGCCAACAGGUUGAUGAAAAGUGUUCAUUCUUAGAAACCAAGCUUCAGGGCAUUGGGCAUUUCCAGAAUACCAUCCGAGAAAUGUUUUCGCAAUUUGCGGAGUUUGAUGAUGAACUAGAUAGUAUGGCUCCAGUGGGAAGAGAUGCAGAAACAUUGCAAAAGCAAAAGGAGGCUAUUAAAGCCUUUCUGAAGAAACUAGAAGCCCUCAUAGUAAGCAAUGACAAUGCCAAUAAAACCUGCAAGAUGAUGCUGGCCACAGAGGAAACCUCUCCUGACCUUGUUGGAAUCAAGAGGGACUUGGAGGCUUUAAGCAAACAGUGCAACAAGUUACUAGACCGAGCACAAGCCAGAGAAGAGCAGGUUGAAGGGACUAUCGAACGUCUUGAAGAAUUCUACAGAAAAUUGAAAGAAUUUUCUAUUCUGCUUCAGAAAGCUGAAGAACAUGAAGAGUCACAGGGCCCCGUUGGUAUGGAAACUGAAAUGAUUAACCAACAGCUUAAUGUAUUCAAGGUAUUCCAGAAAGAAGAGAUUGAACCCUUGCAGGUUAAACAGCAAGAUGUAAACUGGUUAGGUCAAGGCCUUAUUCAGAGUGCUGCUAAAGGCACCAGCACUCAGGGGUUGGAGCAUGACCUUGAUGAUGUCAACACCCGCUGGAAGACCCUCAACAAGAAGGUGGCUCAACGAGCGGCCCAGCUGCAGGAGGCCCUGCUGCACUGUGGGAGGUUCCAGGAUGCCCUGGAGUCCCUGCUUAGCUGGAUGGUGGACACCGAGGAGCUUGUGGCCAAUCAGAAACCCCCAUCGGCCGAGUUCAAAGUGGUGAAAGCCCAGAUACAAGAGCAAAAGCUUCUUCAAAGAUUGUUGGAUGACCGCAAAUCUACUGUGGAGGCAAUCAAACGAGAGGGAGAAAAAAUUGCUACAACAGCAGAACCUGCAGAUAAAGUGAAGAUUUUGAAACAGCUGAGUCUCUUGGAUAGUAGAUGGGAGGCAUUGCUUAAUAAAGCCGAAACGAGGAAUCGUCAGUUGGAAGGUAUCUCAGUGGUAGCCCAGCAAUUUCAUGAAACCUUAGAACCACUGAAUGAAUGGCUUACAACCAUAGAAAAAAGGCUUGCGAAUUGUGAACCCAUAGGAACCCAAGCAUCUAAACUUGAGGAACAAAUUGCACAGCACAAAGCCUUAGAAGAUGACAUCAUCAAUCACAGUAAACAUUUACACCAGGCUGUUAGCAUUGGCCAAUCCUUAAAGGUUUUGAGCUCCAGGGAGGAUAAAGAUAUGGUACAGAAUAAAUUAGACUCUUCUCAAGUGUGGUACAUUGAGAUUCAAGAGAAAAGUCACAGCAGGUCUGAGCUCCUCCAGCAGGCCUUAUGUAAUGCUAAGAUUUUUGGGGAAGAUGAAGUUGAGCUGAUGAACUGGCUGAAUGAAGUACAUGACAAGCUAAGCAAGCUGUCAGUCCAGGAUUACAGCACUGAGGGGCUAUGGAAGCAGCAGUCUGAACUUCUGGUUCUGCAAGAGGACAUCCUACUCAGGAAACAAAAUGUAGAUCAGGCAUUACUAAAUGGUUUAGAACUCCUUAAACAAACAACAGGUGAUGAAGUUUUAAUAAUUCAAGAUAAAUUGGAAGCGAUUAAAGCAAGGUACAAAGACAUUACCAAAUUGAGCACCGACGUAGCCAAGACUCUGGAACAGGCUCUACAGCUGGCGAGGAGACUGCACUCCACACACGAAGAGCUUCGCACAUGGCUGGACAGAGUGGAGGUGGAAUUACUUUCAUUUGAGACUCAGGUUCUGAAGGGAGAAGCAGUAAGCCAAGCACAAGCAAGACAAAAAGAACUAAAGAAGGAAGCUAAGAACAACAAAGCCUUAUUGGACUCCCUUAACGAAGUGAGCAGUGCUUUACUGGAACUGGUACCAUGGAGGGCCAGGGAAGGACUGGAAAAGAUGGUGGCCGAGGACAAUGACCGCUACCGAUUAGUGAGCGACACCAUCACCCAGAAGGUUGAGGAGAUUGAUGCCGCCAUUCUGAGAUCACAGCAGUUUGACCAAGCGGCUGAUGCCGAGUUAUCCUGGAUAACUGAAACAGAAAAGAAAUUGAUGUCUUUGGGUGAUAUCAGGCUUGAGCAAGACCAGACCUCUGCUCAGCUGCAGGUUCAAAAGACAUUCACCAUGGAGAUUUUGAGACACAAGGAUAUUAUUGAUGAACUUGUUAAAUCUGGGGAUAAAAUCAUGACCACAUGCAGUGAAGAGGAAAAGCAAUCAAUGAAGAAAAAACUAGACAAAAUAUUGAAGAACUAUGAUGCCAUCUGCCAGAUAAACUCGGAGAGGUAUCUGCAGCUAGAGCGGGCACAGUCCCUGGUUAACCAGUUCUGGGAAACGUAUGAAGAACUUUGGCCAUGGCUGACAGAAACACAAAGAAUCGUCUCUCAGCUUCCUGCACCAGCUCUGGAAUAUGAAACUCUAAGACAGCAACAGGAAGAACAUCGGCAACUACGAGAGUUGAUAGCCGAGCACAAGCCUCAUAUAGAUAAGAUGAACAAAACUGGGCCACAGUUACUGGAACUGAGCCCGGGGGAAGGCUUUUCUAUCCAAGAGAAGUAUGUGGCAGCCGACACCCUUUACUGUCAAAUUAAAGAAGAUGUCAAAAAGCGUGCUGUGGCACUGGAUGAAGCCAUUUCUCAGUCCACUCAGUUCCAUGACAAGAUAGAUCAGAUCAUUGAGAGUCUGGAACGCAUCGUGGAGCGUUUGAGGCAGCCACCGUCUAUCUCUGCCGAGGUCGAGAAGAUUAAGGAACAGAUCAGUGAAAAUAAGAAUGUGUCAGUAGACAUGGAGAAGCUACAACCAUUGUAUGAAACUCUUAAACAGAGAGGAGAGGAAAUGAUUGCUCGGUCUGGGGGCACUGAUAAAGACUUAUCUGCCAAAGCUGUUCAAGAUAAGCUUGACCGAAUGGUUUUGAUCUGGGAGAACAUACACACACUGGUGGAAGAAAGGGAAGCUAAACUACUGGAUGUAAUGGAACUAGCAGAAAAGUUCUGGUGUGAUCACAUGUCACUGGUAGUCACCACUAAAGAUACUCAAGAUUUCAUCCGAGACCUGGAGGAUCCUGGAAUUGAUCCCUCAGUAGUAAAACAGCAACAGGAAGCAGCAGAGUCCAUAAGAGAAGAAAUAGAAGGAUUGCAGGAAGAGCUGGAUAUAGUUAUUAACCUGGGUUCUGAGCUCAUCUCCGCGUGUGGUGAACCCGACAAACCCAUUGUCAAGAAGAGCAUAGAUGAGUUAAAUUCAGCAUGGGAUUCUCUAAAUAAAGCUUGGAAGGACCGGGUUGAUAAGCUUGAUGACGCAAUGCAGGCUGCCGUUCAGUACCAGGAUGGACUGCAGGCAAUAUUUGACUGGGUAGAUAUUGCUGGUAGUAAGUUAGCUUCAAUGUCACCAAUCGGAACAGAUCUUGAAACUGUGAAGCAGCAGAUUGAAGAGCUAAAGCAAUUUAAGUCAGAGGCCUAUCAACAACAGAUAGAAAUGGAAAGACUAAACCAUCAAGCAGAGCUUUUGCUGAAGAAAGUAACAGAAGAUGGCGAUAAACAUACUGUUCAAGACCCAUUAAUGGAACUCAAAUUGAUAUGGGAUAGCUUGGAUGAGAGAAUUAUCAACAGACAGCAUAAGCUGGAGGGUGCUCUCUUAGCCCUGGGGCAGUUCCAGCAUGCCCUGGAUGAGUUAUUGGCAUGGUUGACACAUACCGAGGGCUUGCUAGGUGAACAGAAACCUGUUGGAGGAGACCCAAAAGCCAUUGAAAUUGAACUUGCCAAGCAUCAUGUGCUUCAAAAUGAUGUAUUAGCCCAUCAGUCCACAGUGGAAGCCGUUAAUAAAGCAGGAAAUGAUCUAAUUGAAUCAAGUGCAGGAGAAGAAGCAAGCAACCUUCAGAACAAGCUAGAGAUUUUAAAUCAACGCUGGAAAAAUGUUUUGGAAAAAACAGAACAAAGGAAGCAGCAGCUGGAUGGUGCCUUACGCCAGGCCAAAGGGUUCCAUGGUGAAAUUGAGGAUCUGCAGCAGUGGCUGACUGACACAGAGCGUCAUCUGUUGGCAUCCAAACCUCUAGGAGGUUUACCAGAAACAGCCAGAGAACAGCUUAAUGCCCAUUUGGAAGUCUGUGCUGCCUUUGAUGUUAAAGAAGAAACAUACAGGAGUCUGAUGCAAAAAGGGCAGCAGAUGCUUGCAAGAUGCCCCAAAUCUGCAGAGACAAAUAUUGACCAAGACAUAAAUAACUUGAAAGAAAAAUGGGAAUUGGUGGAAACCAAACUCAACGAAAGGAAAACUAAACUGGAAGAGGCCCUCAAUUUGGCAAUGGAGUUUCACAAUUCUCUCCAAGACUUCAUCAACUGGCUUACCCAGGCUGAACAGACACUGAAUGUAGCUUCUCGGCCAAGUCUUAUCUUAGACACAGUCUUGUUUCAAAUCGAUGAGCACAAGGUAUUUGCCAAUGAAGUAAAUUCUCACCGUGAGCAGAUAAUAGAGCUGGACAAAACUGGAACUCACCUGAAAUAUUUUAGUCAGAAACAAGAUGUUGUCCUAAUAAAGAACCUCCUUAUCAGUGUACAAAGUCGAUGGGAAAAAGUGGUUCAACGAUUAGUGGAAAGAGGAAGAUCUUUGGAUGAUGCAAGGAAGAGGGCCAAGCAGUUCCAUGAAGCAUGGAGUAAACUUAUGGAGUGGCUAGAAGAGUCAGAAAAGUCUUUGGAUUCGGAACUGGAAAUCGCCAAUGAUCCAGACAGAAUAAAAACACAACUUACACAGCAUAAGGAGUUCCAGAAAGCACUUGGAGCCAAGCAUUCCGUCUACGACACCACUAACAGGACUGGACGUUCUCUGAAGGAGAAAACCUCUCUGGCUGAUGACAACCUGAAACUGGAUGACAUGCUGAGUGAACUCAGAGACAAAUGGGACACAAUAUGUGGAAAAUCUGUGGAAAGACAAAACAAAUUGGAAGAAGCCCUGCUAUUUUCCGGACAAUUCACCGAUGCCCUGCAGGCCCUCAUUGAUUGGUUGUAUAGGGUUGAACCUCAGCUGGCAGAAGAUCAGCCUGUCCAUGGAGACAUGGAUUUAGUCAUGAAUCUGAUCGAUAAUCACAAGGCCUUCCAGAAAGAGUUGGGGAAGAGGACCAGCAGUGUGCAGGCCCUGAAGCGCUCGGCCCGAGAACUCAUUGAGGGGAGUCGUGAUGACUCCUCAUGGGUCAAGGUCCAGAUGCAAGAACUAAGCACCCGCUGGGAGACUGUGUGUGCACUUUCUGUAUCAAAGCAAACCCGGCUAGAAGCAGCCCUGCGUCAGGCAGAGGAAUUUCACUCAGUGGUGCAUGCCCUCCUGGAGUGGCUGGCUGAAGCCGAGCAGACCCUUCGCUUCCAUGGUGUUCUCCCAGAUGAUGAAGAUGCUCUUCGGGGUCUCAUCGAUCAGCAUAAAGAAUUCAUGAAGAGACUGGAAGAAAAAAGAGCUGAACUAAACAAAGCCACCAGUAUGGGAGACGCUGUGUUGGCCAUCUGCCACCCUGACUCCAUCACCACCAUUAAGCACUGGAUAACCAUCAUCCGGGCCAGGUUUGAGGAGGUGCUGGCCUGGGCGAAGCAACAUCAGCAGAGAUUGGCAAGUGCACUGGCAGGACUCAUUGCUAAACAGGAAUUGUUGGAAGCUCUGUUGGCUUGGUUGCAGUGGGCUGAAACAACACUUAGUGAGAAGGAUAAGGAAGUCAUCCCCCAGGAGAUUGAAGAGGUGAAAGCCCUCAUUGCAGAGCACCAGACCUUCAUGGAGGAAAUGACCAGGAAGCAGCCUGAUGUUGAUAAAGUUACCAAGACCUAUAAGAGGAGAGCAGCUGAUCCUUCCUCCUUACAGUCCCAUAUUCCAGUCCUGGAUAAGGGGCGAGCGGGCAGAAAACGCUUCCCAGCAUCAAGCUUAUAUCCCUCUGGAUCACAGACACAAAUAGAAACCAAGAAUCCCAGGGUAAACUUACUGGUGAGCAAAUGGCAGCAAGUCUGGCUCCUCGCGUUGGAAAGGAGGAGGAAGCUAAAUGAUGCUUUGGACAGACUAGAGGAGCUGAGGGAAUUUGCUAACUUUGAUUUUGAUAUCUGGCGUAAAAAAUACAUGCGAUGGAUGAAUCAUAAGAAAUCUCGAGUGAUGGACUUCUUCAGGAGAAUUGAUAAAGAUCAGGAUGGAAAAAUAACUCGGCAAGAGUUUAUUGAUGGAAUUCUUUCCUCAAAGUUCCCCACCAGUCGCCUGGAGAUGAGUGCGGUUGCAGACAUCUUUGACAGAGAUGGCGAUGGAUAUAUUGACUACUAUGAAUUUGUAGCAGCCCUUCAUCCAAAUAAGGAUGCAUAUAAACCUAUCACCGAUGCUGACAAAAUCGAAGAUGAGGUGACAAGGCAGGUAGCUAAGUGUAAAUGUGCAAAACGAUUUCAAGUUGAACAGAUUGGAGAUAACAAAUACAGGUUCUUCCUGGGAAAUCAGUUUGGAGAUUCCCAGCAACUGCGACUUGUUCGGAUCCUACGAAGCACUGUGAUGGUUCGUGUUGGAGGUGGAUGGAUGGCACUUGAUGAGUUCUUAGUGAAAAAUGAUCCUUGCAGGGCUAAAGGAAGGACAAACGUGGAACUGCGUGAGAAGUUCAUUUUAGCAGAUGGAACCAGUCAGGGUAUGGCCGCUUUCCGACCCAGGGGCCGUAGAUCCCGACCUUCGUCAAGAGGAGCUUCGCCCAGCCGGUCUACUUCUGUGUCCAGUCAGGCUGGUCAGGCGGCCUCCCCACAGGUCCCUGCCACCAGCACACCCAAGAUUCUCCAUCCUUUAACACGCAAUUAUGGUAAACCAUGGUUGACAAACAGCAAAAUGUCAACUCCUUGUAAACCAGCAGAGUGCUCAGACUCCCCCGUGUCAUCUGCAGAGGGAACACCAAUACAAGGAAGCAAACUUCGACUUCCGGGUUACUUAUCAGGGAAAGGCUUCCACUCUGGGGAGGAUAGUGGCUUGAUCACAACGGCAGCCUCCAGAGUCCGAACACAGUUUGCUGAUCCCAAGAAGACCCCCAGCCGACCGGGAAGCCGAGCCGGAAGCAAAGCUGGUAGCAGGGCCAGCAGCCGCCGAGGCAGUGAUGCUUCAGACUUUGACAUUUCAGAAAUUCAGUCCGUGUGCUCAGAUGUGGAGACUGUCCCCCAAACACACAGACCUACGCCCCGAGCAGGUUCUCGGCCAUCCACAGCCAAGCCUUCCAAAAUCCCCACACCCCAGAGGAAAUCACCUGCCAGCAAAUUGGACAAGUCCUCUAAAAGAUAGUGCAAUUGGUUCCACCAAGGCCCUUCCCUGAGCAUUUAUUAUUUAAGUUUGAAAGAUGUAAAAUAUGAUGUAGAAAUUAUUGUGAAAUACCGUAAGAGGCGAGUUUAAAAUACUGCAGAUGGC